AUGCCUCGUUCCACUGUCCACCGCAUAGUCCACAGGGUCACUGAGGAGGUGGUGGCCAUUCGCCACAAAGUCAUCCACCUCCCGAAGACCCCUGAAGACCUGGUGGCAGUGACCAAUGGGUUUGCAGGGCUGGCAAGACACCGCGCUUUUGGGAAAGCAGCGGGAGCAAUCGACGGCUGCCAUGUCCGUAUCAAGCCACCGAGCGGCCCUGAUGGUCACUGCUACAGGAACAGGAAACUGUUUUCCUCCAUAAUUCUGCAGGCUGUUUGUGACCAUCAGGGCCGCUUCCUUGAUACGUACGUGGGCUGGCCUGGAUCAGUCCAUGACUCCAGAGUCCUCCGCCACAGCCCACUGUAUAGGUCACUCUACCCUCCUCCAGGGCACUUCAUCCUUGCAGACGGCGGGUACCCUUGCCUCCAACACCCACUACCCCUCAUCACUCCCUACAAGAGGCCAGUGCGAGGUGUGGGAGCCCAGCGCUUCAACUGGCAUCAUUCCAGGGCACGCUCCAUUAUAGAGCGUGCUUUUGGAAUGAUGAAGACCAGGUUCAGGGCCAUCUUCCUGCAAGCGCUGGAGGUGCACCACACCUUCGUACCUCACGUCAUAACAGCAUGUGCCAUCCUCCACAACAUCUGCCUUGGGGCCGAUGACAUCAUGGCCCCAGAGGAGGAGGAGGAGGAUGAGCCUGAGGACGAUGUAGAGGAGGAUGAGGGGGGCGAUGGUUUGGAGGCAGUCAGUGGUGCUUCCUGGCGGGACCAGCUGUCUGCAGAGGUGUCUGCCCUGGAGGAGGCCCCCCCUGACCACCAAUAUAUACAGUGACAUGGCAGCCGUCGAUUGAGUCAGCCCUGCUAACCCAUUCGGUGCGGUGGACAGUGGAGAGAGGCAUAUCCAGUACACUCUGGAGACCAACCCUGGAUGUCCCACUGACAGGAGACACCAGGGUCUUUAAUGUGGCAGCCCAUCCGGGUCCAGCAGCACCACCAGGGGCUCCCUGCUCUGCUGAAUCAUUAUGUUUUUGUAUAUAGUAGUUUUCCAAGUAUAUAGUAUAUAUAUAUAAGUUUAUAUUGUAGUUUUAUAAUAA